AUGCAUGUCACGAUUGUCAAGUAUCUGGAUCAAAAUACAGAAUUGUCAAAGCUGAAAGAUAGGUCAGAUCGGCAUACGGCAAUCGGAGGAAGUUGCUUUAAAUCAAAAAACGUAUCGAAGUACCCAGCGAUGGCAGUGAGCGUUCCGUCCUUGAUCACGUUCAAUUUGAACUUAGAACUGAAAAUGCAGACGUCGACGUUGCACUUCAUCAGAUCAAUUUCCGUUACUACACUGGCAUCCGUCAAUAGGUUGUCAACUGGUACCAGCUCAACGAACGCCUCUCGAAGUACUUCGCUCUUCAUGCAUUUCAUCGAGAAGCCGUACACGUCGUCCCAGAAGUUCACUAGUUUGUUGUACCGAUCUAGAAGCGAUAGAGCGGCAUUCAAAAUUAAAGUUAAAACUUGA